CGUUUGUGGUGCGAUUUCCCCCAGGUUCCCGGGAAGAUGACCACUCUCACGCGGCAGGACCUUAACUUUGGACAAGUUGUUGCAGAUGUUCUUUCAGAGUUCCUGGAAGUGGCCGUUCACCUCAUCCUGUACGUCAGAGAGGUUUAUCCUAUCGGGAUCUUUCAGAAGAGGAAAAAGUACAACGUACCUGUGCAGAUGUCCUGUCACCCCGAGCUGAAUCAGUACAUCCAGGACACACUGCACUGCGUGAAGCCCUUGCUUGAGAAGAAUGAUGUGGAAAAAGUUGUAGUGGUAAUCCUGGAUAAAGAGCACCACCCCGUGGAGAGAUUUGUCUUUGAGAUCACUCAGCCACCUCUUCUUUCCAUCAGCUCCGAGUCGCUGCUGCCUCACGUGGAGCAGCUGCUCCGUGCCUUCAUCCUGAAGAUCAGCGUGUGCGACGCUGUGCUGGACAACAACCCCCCCGGCUGCACCUUCACGGUUCUGGUUCACACACGGGAGGCAGCCACACGGAACAUGGAAAAGAUCCAGGUGAUAAAGGAUUUCCCGUGGAUCCUUGCUGAUGAGCAGGACGUGCACAUGCAUGACCCACGGCUUAUUCCACUGAAAACUAUGACAUCGGAUAUCCUAAAGAUGCAGCUCUAUGUUGAAGAGCGAGCCCACAAAGGCACCUGAUCCAGCUCUUCAUCAGCUUCAAGCCUCAUCAGAUCUUCCAGUGGAAUGAGAUCCCUCACAAUCUAUCCCUUGAUAAGAGCCUCAGCAGCUGGCCUUCCAGGUGAAUGUAGAGCAGCUGCUGCACUUACCCCUGUACAUAGAACUGCCUUGGAAUGUGGAGCCAGAGCCUGUUCCCACGUGCACUUGGGGGAGAGUGAGGAGAGGUUUUGUUGCAGGGAGGCCCUGGACAGAGGGGGCAGGAUAAAGCUGACUGCAGGGUGCGGUCAGAGCUUUGUACAAAUCCACUUUGAGCCUUAAUUAGGCAUCUCCAUUGCACACUGGUG